UGAUGACCUCACACGCCUACGGUCUGUAAUGUAAAGGUCGCAUCGUUGAUUUCCUGUCAGGCUCCAUUCUUGGUGUUUCCGUGUGCCUUUUAGCUUCACCUCUCUACGAUUUGUUUCGUUUCGCAUUUUUUCUUUCUGUAUUUUGCAUUCUGCAUAACUUUCUUUUCAUUGUGCAAAAGAAAGCAAAGACCCCUUUUCGUCGAUUCAAAGACGAUACGAAUACUCUAAAACCUUAGGGCGACAGAAAUUGGCUUUCAAGCAUCGUACUCAUUUCGUUCCUUCCAAACGGCCUGCUGUCAAACCAGAUCCAGCUUAGUGCCAGCGUUUCAACCAUCCCAUCACUGAAAAUUGUCAAUACAUUCGCUACAAGCCCAGUACGCCAACGGCGCGAACCAGAACGUCACAUAAACAGCCAAAAAAAAGUCGACAGCCUCAGUUAUAUUGACUUUUGGGCAACGCAUCCCUCGCAAACAUGGUGUGGGAGGACAUUGAGUUCGACGCUGAUAAGGUGCCGGGCAUCAAGCUGGCCUUGCACAUUGCCCAAAUCGUCUUUGCUGUCAUCGCCUGGGUCCUAGAGAUCAUCGUCUUCCGUGCAGAAGGCUCAGUAAUCAACGGCAAUGUUGGCUGGACAUUCGCAGUGUUUUUCCUCUCGAUACCAGCAUGGAUCUACCUCAUAGGGGCGCCCAGGGCCCCACGAACACGACACCUGGCCGAGCCCCAUGUCAUGAUCGGAGUCGACUCCAUCUACACCAUCAUCUGGCUCUCGGCAUUUUCCACGCAGGCGGCGUACAACACGGCUAACCUGUGCGGCACCGCCUGCGGCCAGAGCAAGGCCAUCGUUGGCUUGGGCUUCUUUGUCUGUCUCUUCUUCGCCGGGUCGACAUUUUUCAGCAUCUACAGCCUCAAGUACUACCAGUUCCACGGCAAGCUCCCGGGUUACGACCGUAUUGGUGGCGGCGGCACCUCGCAGAACAUCGAUCCCGACAAGGCCGCGUUCUCCAUGGCACCCCACGGCGACGAUGCCUACGCCCCUAUCCAUGGUGAUGACCACGACCAGCACCACCCUCUCGACCCGGGCCGCGACGACAUCGAGACCGGCCCUGGAGCGUACAGCAGCACCAGCUACGGCGGCGCGGCUAGCCAACAACAGAGCUACAGCUCCGGACAUGGCAGGACCGGCAGUGCGUACGGCGGUAGGACGGCCAGCCCCUACAAUGACGACUCAUACGGACGGCAGCCGCAGCCCGUCGCUGGUCAGGCCAACCCGUUCGAGCAGGGCAGGCGCGAGAACAGCCCCUUCGGUGACCACGCUGGCUACACCCCUCCUGUUGGCGGACCUUCGCCCGGUCCCGGCGCCCUUGGUCCUUCCGGACAAAGCAUGUAUGCCCCGCCGGCUGCGGCGCAUGACCCCUACGACGACAGGCCAGCUCAGUUCCCCGCUGCGCCGUACGACAGGACUAUGCACUAGACAAAAGCUGCCAAGGUCUAGGGACGGCAGGCCACAUCUAUUUUGUCGUUGCAAGUCUCAGCUUGUCAGGGGCUGAGAUUUUAUUGGAUCUCGAUUGUUCAGUUUUCGAUCAAGUCGGACAUAUCUCCAACGUCGGGAGUCAGGAAUCUGGACCGACUUGCUCAAGUCUGUUGCUAAUAUGAAGCAUUAUGGGAUUGCCAUAAAAAUCGAUGUGAAUAAGGGACGGCUGGUAUUAUUUUGUACGGUUACGAGAGGUAAUUGGAAACCUCUGGAAAUGAUCCGCCGAUGCAUACCUACAUAGCAGGGCAUGGGCGUAUGGAAUGGUGUUAAUAGGCGUCUACUACUCUUUUUAUUUGUUUGAAGAUUCUUUGCAUCGAAGUCGUCGUACUUUUUAUAAACCUUUACAUGGAG